CAGAGGCAGGUAGCUGCCCCGCACCCCCCGCAGCACCGCCCGCGGACCCCCCCGGCUGCCCCGCGCUGCCGCUGCUCGGGCGGAGCUGCCGGCGGGCAGGGCUGGAGCGGGCCCCGGCUGAGGAGGAGGGUGAGGCCGAGCGCCCCACCCGCGGGGAGAGGCCCUUUCCGCCGCCUCGGGGCGGGGCGGCCGCUGUCAGGCCGGCUCGGCGGGGCGAUGGCGGCCUGCGUCAGGCUGGGCUCUGCGGCCCGGGCGCCCCUGCUGGGGCUGGGCACAUGGAAGUCCCCCCCCGGUAAGGUGGAAGCUGCAGUGAUGGCUGCCAUCGAUGCUGGGUACCGGCACUUUGACUGCGCCUACGUGUACCAGAACGAGAAAGAAGUUGGAGAUGGGAUCCAGCAGAAAAUCAAGGAAGGUGUCGUGAAACGAGAGGAUCUCUUCAUCGUCAGUAAGCUGUGGUGCACAUUUCAUGAAAAGUCCUUGGUGAAGGGAGCCUGCCAGAAGACUCUUGCGGACCUGAAACUGGAUUACCUGGAUCUCUACCUUGUGCACUGGCCUUUUGGUUUCAAGGCAGGAGAGGAGCUGUUUCCCACAGAUGACAAAGGCAUGUCAAUACCCAGCAAUACAGACAUUCUACAUACGUGGGAGGCCAUGGAAGAGCUGGUGGAUGCUGGUCUGGUAAAAGCCAUUGGAAUCUCCAACUUUAACCGUGAGCAGACUGAAAGAAUCUUGAACAAGCCAGGACUGAAACAUAAGCCUGCAAAUAACCAGAUCGAGUGUCAUCCAUACCUUUCCCAGGAAAAGCUUAUUGACUAUUGCCAAUCCAAAGGGAUCACUGUGACAGCAUAUUGUCCCCUUGGACGCCCUGACAGGGCUACAGAGAAGCCUUCCCUCCUGGAUGACCCCAAGAUCAAAGAGAUUGCAGCCAAGCACAACAAAACUCCAGCACAGGUUCUCCUUCGCUUCCAGAUCCAGAGAAAUGUGAUUGUGAUUCCCAAGUCUGUCACUCCACAGCGCAUUGUGGAGAACUCCAAGGUGUUUGAUUUCGAAUUGACUAAAGAAGAGAUGACAACUCUUCUCAGCUUAAACAGAAACUGGAGAAUCUGUGAAAUGAUCACGUGCAAAAAUCACAAGGAGUACCCUUUCAAUGCAGAAUACUGAAGAUGGCUUUAUCCUGCUGUCCUGCAGGCCUCUGGGAUCUAAUGAGCUGCUACUGUUGCCUAGAGCUGUCCUCUAUGUAGCUUGCAGACUGGAUCUCUCCUGCCAGCAAAGGCAUAGUGUAUGUAUUCAGUGAGUUGGGUUUUCCUCUUCUGGUGGAAGGAAAUAGUAAAAUUGUUCUAAAGAACAAAAUAAGGGCCAUAAUAAUUCUACUCGUUAGAUGAGUGUGUCUGCACAGCUGAAAUAGCAAAGCAGAAAGCACAGAGAAUGAACUAGCAACUAAUUUUUUACCUUCUCUUGCAUCAACACUAAUUAAGGCUGCAGGGCAAAGGUAUGUGAGCACAGAGGAAAGAUCCACCCUGAAAUCAUUAACUUACAUAAUCAUUGCCUGAAGAUAAGAGACAACAAUUAACUUCACUUUCAGAGCACAGCCUAAAGCUUUCUGGGAAAGUAGAAUAAAUGGGAGAAAUGUCCAGACCUACAGAUGAAUACAAGCUUAUAUUGGGCCUUAUUUUAGUUGCAUUAUCUUACAGACUGCAACUGGACAGAGAUUAAUGUUCAAUUUUCUUUGUAUUCAAAAUAAAAAAUGUUCAGAUUACUGCUGAUCUUGAAGCUCUAGUCUAAUGUGGAAAAAAAUGACAAAGUGACUUGCAUCAGCAAUGUUGGAAACUAUCAUCCAUAUUAGUUUUUCAAUGAUGUCACAGGAGUAUCAAGGUCUUGUUUUGAUCAAUAGUUGUUUAACUUGGUGUAAUAACCUUUAGUUGACAGAGCACUGCUGACAACAGCCAACUAUGACACGCCUUAGUGUGGAGUGUAGGUUAACAAGCAACUGGAGACCAACAUCUGAAACUGCUGGAUGGUGGUAUCACUGUGGACUGAUUUGGUUGGUAGCCUGUGCUGACAGCUGGGUGUAAAAACCCAGAGCAAAAGAGACUGUUUGGGGUGAGGGGGGACUGCAUUAAGCAGGUGCCUGAUAAUACAUGGAAGCAGAGGAUAUGACGUGGAACUGUUAGUUUUGAGCUGCUGGCCAAAGCCUGACACUGAGAUGACAGGAGCAGUGUCAUGAUCCCUUGUUCCCUCCAGGGUAUGCUGUGCUGAUCCACUGGCAUGGUAACUGGGACAGGUCUCUGUUACCUGUAACUGUGUAUGAUUAAAACUUACCCUGAUAAAACCUAUCCCUCAUGGUGGAGGAGUCUUGCUGGGCAGUGCUAGGAUAGCUAGAAGGUGUUGCAACAGCAUGGCAUUUCAGAAGCCUGUAGGUACAAUAUGCCUUGGGCUGGUGGAGACAUGGCAGCUGCAGUAUAACUGCUCCACUCUGAUCUGCAACAUGCACACCAGAUUGAGGUGUAGGGUCUGACAAAAGCAUCUGAGAUUUGAGGUUUUUUCUGCCUGGUCCAGAAACUUCCUUGAGACAAGAUGAUUAACAAAAAACUGCUUUUGUAAAGAUGAAUAGUAUUAAGACCCAAAGACUUACUACUUGUGUCGUGCUAACUUACCUUGUGAUUUAGUAUGCAAGAAGUGAAUACGCUUCCACAAGCUUGAGCUUCUUGUGUUGUACAUUGUUGUUUCUAAGUAUGACUAUGCAUAUUAAACAUGACCGAUAAUAGAAAGUCUGAGAGGUGGAAUGUCACAUGAGCAUCAAGAUUUUGCCUUGAUCAGGAGUGGAAUCACUGAAUAUAAUGAACCACAGUUGGCCAGCCCAUGCAAACAACAACUGUCUGAGGAGUCUUGUUACAUAUGAGCUAUGGAUAUGAAAGUGACAAAACAACACCUGGAAGGGCUGGAAAGCUGUAUUGUGGUAGUAGCAUGGACUGAUUUGUCUGCCAGCCUGUGCUGACACCCAGCUUGAUAAACUCUCAGGAAAACAGACUACAGGGAAGCACCAUGCAGAUAUCCAAGAUUAUGAGGACACCCAAUAUUAGGAAGUGUACUAGUAUGUGUUAGUGCUGAGCCACUGCCCAGAGCCUGACACUGAGAGAAGUUGGAGUGUUGUACUUCCUCUAGGUGAGACUGUGCUGAGUCACUGGAGUAGUAGGUGAGGGACAAACAAUAUUCUACCUUGUGAUUACUUCCAGGUAUUGUUCUGUCACUUUCACAACUGUAGCUCGUAUUUGUGAAGACACCUUCUGUGCAUAUGUAUAAUGCUGUCCCCUACAAGCUAUUCCUCUGUUGAUCCACUUGCAAUGUGACACUGCUAAGCUCAGUUCCCUGGUGCUCCCUUAUCCUGUGACAGAUAGAAAAAGAACUUAGCCUUUUUAUGUGAUUAAAAAUAAAAGCUUUGGUUUGUGUGAACAAA